UUUCCCAGACAAAAAAAAAAAACAUAAAAAGUCUCCAUCAUGACUCUCAUCUCCGUCGGCCACGGCGGCGGCGGAGCUCCGUUCCCACUGGUAAUGGUGGUGGAGUAUCUUGAAUCAUCAAUGUCAAGAGAUCUCCUCUGCAAAUUCCCAGACAACUCUGCUUUCGAUUUCGACUACGCGCAGAGCUCCAUUUGGUCCCCUUUGCUUCCUCCGCCGGCGGCGGAUUUCUCCGGCCGGGGACUCGAGGUUUCCAGGAAUCUAUUGUUCGACGAAACAGAUGAAGUGGGACUGCUCGAAAACACGAGGAAAAUGGCUGUAAGAAUGAAGAAGAAACUAACUGAUGUUGUUCUUGAUAAUAUCAGCUUAUGCCGUACGAUGAAGAGGAAGAAGAAAAUGAAGAAGAGGAAGUCUUUCGGUUUUUCUCCGGUACCUUCUUCUCGUCGGCUUUCUUCCUCCUCCCCUACUCCAAAGGCAUGGGCUAAAGUGAUGAAAGCAGCUGCUAACCAUUUCAAGAAGAGGAAGAAGAAUAAUACCAAUUUUCAAUUAAUUUAGAUCUCUCCAACAAUCGAUCGGGACUCGUGAUUUCGUACUAUAUUAUUUAGGCUGAAUUAAUAUAUAGCAACAGCUUGAGCUGUUGUUUUGAUACGAUCCGAUCCGGUUCGAUAUAUAAUUUACCCGCGGAUAUGUGAAUCGCUUGUCGUAUAUUGUAUUGCUCUUGAUUAUCAGUACUUCAUGUAGAUUAUUCUAUCUUCAUAUACAUUGGUGUAGUAAAGUGUACUACUACUACUUCUAGUGUUAUGGACUAAUCUCAGUUCCCUACUA